AUGACAAAGGUUGUUCUACUCAAGUUGGCUUUUCUAGGUUUCUACAAGGUGAUCAAGCAAGGCGUACUGCUGAUUCAAGACUUUCCCUCUACGUUGUGCUCUACUUUGGUCAGUAUCUGCAAGGCUAUCUGUCCAUGUUUACUGCUGGCUCUCGAUCGUCUCUUCUUGGUUGCGCUUGGUUAUGCUUGGUUAUGGUUGGCUGUGCUUGGUUGUGCUUGGUUGUGCUUGGUUGUGGUUAGCAAGUUCCACGAUCACAAGGUCUGUUCUACUCAAGCUGGUUCCCUAGGCGUCUUCAAGACUAUCCAUCAAGACAUACCGAUACCUCAAAACUGUCUCUCUUUGAUAAUGCUUUAUCUUAGUCCGUAUCUGCAAGGUCUUUUGUACAAGUAUCACUGGACUUUCAAGACUGGUUUUCCUAGCUCUGGUUCUCUUUGGCCUUCCAAGGUGUUUGUUCAAGGCUCAACAGGUCUUCAUGGUGUGCGUUUCCUUCUUUGA